AUGACUGUCAAUCUUUUGCAAAUAGAAGAGUUUUUAUGUAAUUUAGCUUUGAAAAAAGUUGGUCCAAUUAUUAAGUCUAAAAGUGGUACCCAAAAAAAUUAUAACUUAAAAACUGGUUCAAAAAAGGUAGAUAUAGUUACAGUUAUUGAUAAACAAGUGGAGAAACUCAUAUGGGAAACAUUAAGAUCUGAAUAUCCAAAUUUUGAAUUUGUUGGAGAAGAAAGCUAUAUUCCAGGUGAGACAAAAGUAACCGAUGCCCCAACUUUUAUCGUAGAUCCAAUUGAUGGUACAACCAACUUUGUUCACGAUUUCCCAUUUAGUUGUACUUCUAUGGGUUUAACUAUAGAUAAAAUUCCAGUUGUUGGUGUUAUUUAUAAUCCUCAUUUAGAUCUCAUUAUUUCUAGUUCGAAAGGUAAUGGGGUUAGAGUUAAUGGAGAACUGUUUGACUAUAAAUCUAAAAUUGCGAAUAUGGGGGAAUUAAUAUUGAAUAAAUCAGUCGUUGCAUUACAGCCAGGUUCAGCUAGGGAGGGUCCAAAUUUUAUAACAAAGAUGAAAACAUAUACCAAUCUAUUAUCUUGCGAUGGUGGAUUUGUUCAUGGCUUUAGAAAUUUAGGCUCCUCAGCUAUGACCUUGGCUUAUAUUGCACUAGGAUAUUUGGAUUCUUAUUGGGACGGAGGUUGUUACUCCUGGGAUGUAUGUGCCGGCUGGUGUAUCUUAAAGGAAACUGGUGGUAUAAUUGUGGGUGCUAAUCCAGGUGAAUGGGAAAUUGGUGUCGAAAACAGAUCUUAUUUUGCAAUUAGAGGCACUACAGACGAUACACAUCAAGAUAAGAAGGAAUAUAUCAAGAAAUUUUGGCAAUGUGUGGAGGGAAAAUUGGACUAUAAUUAA